AUGGCAGCUGCUCGUAAUACAUUAGCAAAAGAUGUUGGUAAUGAUCAUACGUUUAAGGAUGCAGAUCGACAGAAUUGGGGUUCAGAACUUCAAAUCCCUACUGCCAGCUUUGAGGAGGUACUGGAUAACGAUGAAGUUGCCUAUCAAUGGCUGAAAACUCUCCGUAGAAUAGGAGUUAUGCUACUAAAGAAUGCUCCAGCAGAAAAAGGACAAGUGGCUAAGUUAGGAGAAAGGAUUGGCUACCUGAGGUUAACAUUUUACGGGCUUACCUGGCAAGUGGAAGAUAAGGCUGGUGCCAACAAUGUGGCUUACACAAGUGGGAAACUGAGCCUACAUACUGACUACCCGGCACUACAUCGUCCCCCUGGGAUUCAGCUUCUUCACUGCAUAAAACCAGCAGAAAUUGGAGGUGAAACACAAAUAGUGGAUGGAUUCCAUGUCGCCAAUCAACUGAGACAACUGAAUCCUGAAGCAUUCCGAAUCCUGACAUCUAUUUUGGUUGAUUUCACUGACUCUGGAGUCGAUUACUGUGAUUUCUCUCUCCAAUCCAAACAUAGAAUAAUUGAUUUGGAUCAUAAGGGAAAGGUUGUUCAAAUCAACUUUAAUAACGCUACUCGGGACUCAAUCUUUGAUGUCCCUGUGGAACUGGUGCAUCCUUUCUUUUCUGCUCUCAAGGACUACAUGAAUCUUAUGUACAAGCCGGAAAACCUAAUUACCUUCAAGAUGGAGGCAGGAGACGUACUCACCUUUGAUAACUGGAGAAUAUUACAUGGCCGUCAGAACUAUAUUUCUACCGUUGGUUCUUCACGUCACCUGGAAGGAGCUUAUGCAAGCUGGGACGAGGCUAUGUCACGACUGCGUUGUUUAGAACAAGCAUUGUAUGGCAACAAAUAGAUAAUUUAGAUAUUAAAAAAUGGUUGUAAUAGAGCAAGCUAUUGAUCAAUAAUAGAAAGAUGAUUUUUAGCAUUAAACAGUGAAUCCUAAAAGUUUUGACAAUGCAUGCCUCAGAUAUUAUCAUGUGGGAGAAGCAGGAUAUGUGGGUUAAUAGUUAUAUGGAUCUGGGAAAAAGAAAAUGUUAGUAUUUCAGGGGAUCAUUUAAGUUAAGCAUUUCUGACUUGGAGAGAGGCAGGACUGGGAAACUGAUGCUUAGCAGUGUUCCUUCUGUGCCAUGUGCCGGUCCAUCAAGUGGUGUCCACCUGCUGAAUAAAUUAGGUUUACUGCAAGUCUGACUCACAAGUAAAGAACUGGUGGCCUCCCACUUAAAAGAAAACCAACAGACAAGCGGCAAGAUGACAUGAUUAAUCAGAUAGAAUUAAAAUCCAAAAUUCAGCCCUGUUAGUUCUUGGAGCACGAAGCUAUGUCAGCAGUUGUGUCCCUCUCACCACUCUCCCUUCCUCUUGCAGCCUCUUUGCUUGGUCCUCGCUCACACCAUGUUGUGCUGGAAAAGCUGUUAGGUAGGAGGUCAACUAAUGCACAGCAAAUAUGUGGUCUUACAGACAAAAGUAUGGCGUUGUCUUAUUUUUGUGUCAACUUUACGCCAUAACCUUUGGUACAAUCUAAAGGAAAAUACUUCUUCACCAUAUAAAAUAGCCACAUGCCAUGACAAAGAUAUCUAGAUUUUAAAAAUAUGUGAUACAAGCAAUGCAAUUGGGGUGGCGUGGUGGCUCACUGGUUAGCAUUGUUGCCUCACAGC